AUGGAUUGGCAAACCCUAGCCAAAACAAAACGCGACUCAGUCAAUGCCCUCAUUCCCCCUUCCUGGCGUCUUCCCAGCCCCGUUCCCCCUGCCGCGGAACAGCGAAAUGUCACCGGGAAAUACAUUCAGCAAUUCUUGUCUCCACGGGAAAUAGAAAUCACGGAAACAGAUGCAGUGGGAAUUGUAAAGCAGACUACGGUCGGGUCAUGGACUGCGCUGGAGGUUACGGAGGCAUUUUGUCAUAGAGCGGCCUUGGCGCAUCAGAUGGUUAAUUGUCUGCACGAGAUAUUCUUUGAGGCUGCCCUUUCUGAUGCGAGGAAAAUGGAUGAGUAUUAUGUUAAGAACGGGAAGCCGGUUGGACUACUGCAUGGCUUGCCUGUUAGUUUGAAGGAUCAGUUUCACGUGAAAGGCGUUGAGACUACGAUGGGUUAUGUUGGAUGGAUUAACACGUUCCAAGGAACCACUGGAACCGGCAAAGAACGUGUCUUUGAAUCAGAACUAGCCAGCACCCUCCGCCGCCUCGGUGCAAUCCUAUACGUCAAAACCUCCGUCCCACAUACCCUCAUGGCCGGCGAAACAAUGAACAACAUUAUAACAUACACCUGGAACCCCACGAACCGCUUCCUCUCCUGCGGCGGCUCCUCAGGCGGCGAAGGCGCCCUUAUCAGCCUUAAAGGUAGCCCCGUUGGGUUUGGUACCGAUAUCGGUGGGAGCAUCCGCGUCCCCGCUGCAUUCAACGGCCUUUACGGGAUCAGGCCUAGCAGUGGACGUGUACCGUAUGAGGGAAUGGCUAACAGCAUGGAUGGGCAGAAUACUCUUUUGAGUGUUGUGGGACCGCUGGCCACCAGUGUAGGAGCGUUGAAGUUGGUUCUUAAGUGCGUUUUGAGUCAGGAGCCGUGGCUACGUGAUCCGCUUGUGGCGGAGAUUCCGUGGAGAGAUGAGCAGGAGAAUGCGGUGUUUGAUAUUGUGAAAGCGGGUGGUGGGGGACGGCUUGCGUUUGGAAUUAUGAAGACGGAUGGGGCUGUUAAUUUCCAUCCGCCUGUUAGGAGGGCGAUGGAUAUCGUUGUGAAGACGGUUGAGAAGUUAGGUCAUAGAAUAGUUGAUUGGGAGCCACCUUGUCAUCAAAAAGGGCUUGAUUUGGUGUUUCAAACAUGGCUAUUUGAUGGAGGCACCGAUAUCCACGCAGCAUUUGCUCUCUCUGGUGAGCCCAUGCUCGGCCCAAUCGCCUCAGCCUACGGCACGCUCAAGGAACAAUACACCGCAUCCCAAAUAGCAGCCAUCAACAUCGGCAAACGCGCCUACCAGAAAGAAUACAUGGAAUACUGGAACAGCACCUCUGCCCUGACCGGCACUGGACGUCCCGUAGACGCAGUAAUCGCACCAAUCGCGCCGUACGCGGCUGCGAGACCCGAUAUGGAUCCAGUCCUUAGUGACGACCCCACAGCCAAGUACUCGAUGCCAAGCUUCUCAACCAUCGUGAAUCUACUCGACUACUCUACCUCCGUCCUCCCGGUCACAAGAGCGGAUAAGAGUAUUGAUGUUGUGGAUUCUGGGUACACGCCUCAGAAUUCCCAAGACGAGGUGGUUCAUUUAGCUUAUGAUCCGGAGAUAUACGAUGGUGCACAUGUUGCCGUGCAGAUUAUAGGACGCAGGUUCCAGGAGGAGAAGGUCCUUGCCCUGACGGAAAUCCUAGGCGAUGCUUUGGAAAAUCAUCAACUUUGA